AGUUACCUUUCUUGCAGAUACCCAAAAACUACUAAUCUUUUAGGUCUUGGCUCCUACAAAGCCUGCUUAUUUGGCAGUUUCUCAAGUUACACCCUUCAGGCAGCUUGAACCAGUUAAACUAGAUCCUUUCAGCUCUGUGGAGCUUAUUGACAACCAGCCGUCUGGUUUCCUAGGAAACAAAAUCUUGGCUAGAAAUAGUGAAUCAUUUCCAGGUCACUUUCAACAUGGAGAGUGGAGCAGGAAAGCAUUGGACUGAAGAAGAGGUUAAGGCUUUGCUAACUGUCUGGUCAGAAAAAAACAUAAGAAAACAACUUUACAGAACAUUAAGAAAUAAAGGAAUAUUCAUCCACAUUGCCAAAAGACUUCAGGAAAAAGGCAUUUUUAGAGACUGGAAACAAUGUCGGUCAAAGUAUAAAAACCUGAAAUAUGAAUACAGGACAGUUAAACAUGCCCACAACUCUGGGGAUGGCUCUAAAACUAUGAAGUUCUUCUGUGAGCUGGAUGCAAUAUUACAAUAUGAACCUGUGUCACAAUUAACAGAGGAUGAAGACAGCAGGGAUCUGGCAAGUGAAACCCAGCUGGUCACAAGUUCAGCCUCAGAAAACAUCAAAGGUAAAAAAAUAUAUAUAUUCCUCCUAUAUUUUAUUUCUAAUAAUGAACCACUUGUUACAGGUAAACCAACAUCAAUACUGGAUUCUAAUAAUCCAACAUUGAUUCCAAGUGUAGCAAAUGAAGGAGGGAAACACUGGACUAUAAAUGAAGUCAAGGCUCUUAUAGACAUUUGGUCAGACAAAAACAUUCAGAAACAACUGGAGGGAACCAUGAGAAAUAAAAGAAUAUUUGAACAAAUUGCUGCCAAACUUCAGAAAUUUGGUAUAGACAGAGACUGGAAGCAGUGUAGAACAAAAUAUAAAAAUCUGAAACACGAAUACAAGAUUGUAAAAAAUUGUCAAGAUUUGGGCACAACUAAAAGUAUGAAAUUUUUCACCGAGUUGGAUGCUAUUCUGGGACAUACUUCAGAACAAUCGCAAAAACUGGAAAACAAAGAAAGCCAAAGAACUACAAAACAGACAAAUAUAAAAAUGGAAAUCAGCAAUAGAGUAAUUUCUGAAGAUGUAGCUGAAGAUUCAAUUAGCUACAAGUCUGAAGAUCUAGAACAAAUAUCUGUAAAAAGAAAACAUGAUAAAGUUCAAAAUCCAAAUAAAGAAGUUAAAAGAGUUAAAGGUCCAAGAGUUACACACAUAAAAAGAGAAAGUCUAGACCUGGAUGAAGAUUCCUUAAGUACUAUUUCAGAAGAUCUGGGUGGCCCAAUAGAACCAGAUGAAGUAAAUAGGCCAGAUAAUCAUAUCCCUUUGGAAGAUGCUCAUGAUCAUUUAAAGAUCAUCACAGUAAAUGAUGCUGAGGCUGGAAAGCACUGGUGUGAUAAUGAAGUCAGAGCACUGAUAAAUAUAUGGUCAGAUGAAAAAAUAAGGCAGAUGCUGGAAGGGGCAACAAGAAACAAAGAAAUAUUUGAGGAAAUUGCUAGAAGGCUAAUGAAGUUUGGAAUAGACAGAGACUGGAAGCAGUGUCGUACAAAAUACAAAAAUUUAAAAUAUGAAUAUAGAGUAUUGAAAAAGAAAACUAAUCACCUUAUUGAUAACCCUAAAAGGAAAAUGAGGUUUUACGAAGAAAUCGAUUGCAUCCUAAGGCAACAGACCCUCGGAACACACAGCUGCAAAAACAACUCUAGUCUUAUAUCAGAAUCAUUUGAAGGUCAUGCCAUGAAUGCAGAAUCUUUGAACAAGAGAAAGGCACAUGAAGAUGGUAAGACCUUUAGAAAUACCAAUUUUUAGUAUAUGUUUUAAAUUAAAACACAGCAGUUUCCAAUGUUUUUGCCUUUUAUAACUAAGAUGCUUAUUUAGAUCCUUGAAAAACUAGAUUGAAUAUAUUGUUUCCAAGCUUGAAGAGCAGUGGAUACUGUUGAGAAAUAUUAAGAAUGAGAGUAAUGUCUAUAAUGAGAACCAAAAGACAAAUAAUUUUCUUUAAGAUGCACACCAUCAACAUAAUUAGAAAUAAAAUAAGAUGAUACUAGGAUGAUAAAAAUCACUGAGGUCUGAAGAAAAAUCACAAGCUAAGCAAGUCUAAGCAAGUCUACUAGACUAGAUUUUUAAAAAAUGUGAACCAUAAA